UUCCAAUCAUGUACGUACCUAUUCACACACAUAUAUAUAUUACGUAAGGUACGUUCAAACAUCAACCACGCUAUCAGCAGACAGUGUACUUAGUUGUACAGAAUGAUAAUUUUAUGUAAAAGAGCUAAUAUUUUCUCAACAAUUCCAAAUUGUUUAUUAAAAAAAAAACUAUCGACAUCAGUUAAUAUGACCUCAAAAAUAAUGGAUAAAUUCAAGUUACCAUCUCGCCAUGAACCAGGUGUAUACAAUGUAUGGAUUGAAUUUACUCAAUUAGCUGUAACUACAAAAUGUUUAAAUUUGGGACAAGGAUUUCCUGAUUAUGAUCCACCAUCAACGUUUUCAAAUUUCUUAUCUGAAGUAGCUACAGAAAAGAAUUCAUAUUUCAAUCAAUACACGCGUGGAUUUGGACAUUUACGUUUAGUGAAAGCUUUAUCAAAUUUAUAUUCACAAUUGAUUAACCGAAAUAUUGAUCCCGUAAAUGAAAUAUUGGUGACUGUUGGAGCAUAUGAAGCGCUUUAUUGUGCUAUACAGAGCAAUAUAGAGGACGGUGACGAAGCAAUUAUCAUUGAACCAUUUUAUGACUGUUAUGAACCCAUAGUACGUACUGCUGGAGGCAUUCCUAGGUUUAUACCGUUGAGAAACACGAGGCCGAAUGCAUCGUUGCCGAAAGCAAACGAUUGGAAGCUUGACCCCGAAGAACUAGCAUCAUUAUUCAACUCCAAAACCAAACUCAUCAUCAUUAAUACACCACACAAUCCAUUGGGAAAAGUGUUUGAUUAUGACGAGUUAACAAUGAUUGCGGAUUUGGCCAAAAAACAUAAUGUACUCGUUAUUUCUGAUGAGGUAUAUGAGUGGUUGGUGUACGAACCAGCUAAGCACAUAAGAAUGGCUACACUUCCUGGUAUGUGGGAAAGAACAAUCACGAUUGGAUCUGCUGGCAAAACAUUUAGUAUGACUGGUUGGAAACUUGGAUGGGCAUAUGGUCCGACUAAUUUUAUAAAAAAUAUGUGCGUUAUUCACCAGACUGCAAUUUAUACAUGUGCAACAACAGUUCAGGAGGCGGUUGCUAGAGGAUUUGAACAUGAAAUCAGUGUCCUUAAUAAGCCACAGAGUUAUUUUCAAAACCUGUCAAAAGAGUUGAAACCAAAAAUGCAUUAUUUAUUUAAGACAUUACAAAACAAUGGUUUAAAACCAAUUAUGCCUGAUGGAGGAUAUUUUAUGAUUUCAAACUGGACGAACUUUGAAAAUAAAUUGGAUUUAAGUUCAGAAACUGAUAAAUACAAAGACUUUAGAUUUGUAAAGUGGCUCUCUAAAAAUGUUAAACUUCAAGGAAUACCGUUCUCAGCAUUUUAUUCGGAACAGCACAAAAAUAUGGCUGAAAAUUACCUGCGAUUUUGUUUUUUUAAAAAAGAUGAAACUUUGAAGAAAGCAGAAGAGAUUUUAACAACAUGGACGCAUAGUUUAUCAGAACCGAAAUCUAAACUUUAAAAUACUUUGUAAAAAUUAUAAUAAAGAAAAGAUUAAUCCUCAAAAAUUAUUCACGAGAAAAAUUCUUGAUAUAUAUAUAUAUACACGCAGCUGGCAAAUUGAAUCAACUCCAUAUAUUAUAUCGCAUUUACUAACGUUGACUAUUUAUAAGACUCAUAUUUUAACUGAAGAUUACAAUUAAUAGGUAUAGUAGGUAUUUAUUUAUAUUAGUUUUAUACACAAGAGUGUUAUUUUAGUUUUUUUUUUUUAUUAUUGAUGUCAACAUUUUUGAAGACCAUUUAAAAUCAUUACCAAACCACAAUGAUGGGUAACUUUUUUGUGAGGGAGCGGAUCAAAGAGAGAUAUAUCUCUUUCGUAUUCUUCUUACUAUUUUCGUAUAAUUAUGUGUACUUUGAACUUUCAAUGCAUUUAUAUUAAUAUUUAUUUUGUGGUUACCAGUGAUAUUUACAUUUGAUAAAUAGGUACAUUUAUAAAUAUAAACACCUUAAUAAUAAGAUACCUAACCUAACAUAUAUAAUUUGUCACCAUGCAAUCAAAAUACAUUAUAAUAUAGCUUAGUGGUUCCCGAACUUUUUCA